AUGCGGUCUUUUGAGUUUAGUAUUUAUUGUGCGUUCCUGGUGCUGGCCUUGUGCUCAUCAGUUUCUUAUGCUGCAACAUACAAGGAAGAUAAUGCAUUGAUGAAAAACAUCUCGGACCUUCCUUUCCAACUGUUUUCGUCCAUUCAGAAGAAAACAAAAAUGAUAAAGACAGCUGUCUUUGAGACUCAGUGCAGUGAGACAUGCUGUACGUUCAAUGGUUGCGAGUCUAGCGGAUCCGAAACCUGUGACGGACAGAUGUUGACAAAUUUGAAUAGGAUUCAAUCAAGUAUCAACGAUGUCUGGAGAAGGAAACCAAAAACCAUUGGUUGGUACAUGAACAUAUUUUACCAUAUAUUCAUGGUUGUAUUUCAUUUUUUUUCAAAACAGAUUUUCUGCAGAGAUCAGGGAACAACCCUGCUUCAGAUCAACGAUGAUGAUGAAAACAAAUGGUUUACAAAGAAUUUUCCAAAUGUUCCAUAUUGGAUUGACUUUACUGACAAUGGCACAGAGGGGAAAUGGAUAACACUCUCAACAGGGAAAACCGCAUACUCAAGUUGGGAUAAGGGACAACCAGCCAAUUGGGGGAAAGCGCAGCACUGUGCCUUCACCAAUUAUCAAAGUCGUCUUGGACGGUGGGACGAUGUACAAUGUGACGCUUAAUCCAAGUCAU